CAGUCUGGAAAGCUGCAAGAGGGCUCUUCCUUGAUGGGAGGAGAGACAGCCGCCUCACUUACAUUGUAUUGUAUUGUGUCUGUGGCUGUAAGUUGCCCUUCCUUGCUUACCACUAAAUAAAUAAGCCGAAGCCAAUUUCUUCCAAAGAAGAGAGGACAACAGAAACAUUUCAAAAGGAAAUGGCGCAGAGAAGAGUGCAGAAUAUGGAAGUCACUACCUGCCUGGAUACUCAGAACCCCAAAGACUCUUUUAUUUUUAAAAUAGUUCUUCUGGGUAGUUCCUCUGUAGGGAAAUCAAGCUUAGCCUACCGUUAUGUGAAAAAAGACUUCCGGGACUCUCUUCCUACAGUGGGCUGUUCAUUCUUCACGCACAUUCUAAGUCUAGAUAAUUCUACCAUUAAGUUGGAGAUCUGGGACACCGCAGGGCAAGAGAAGUACCAUAGUGUUUGCCAUCUGUAUUACAGAGGUGCUAAUGCUGCUGUUCUGGUUUACGAUAUUACCAAGAAGGAAACUUUGGAGAAGGCAAAGUUAUGGCUAAGGGAACUGGAAAAAGAAUUCCUUCCGGAUGAAAUAAUCAUAGUUUUGGUUGGCAAUAAGGUAGAUCUUUCAGAAGAACGAGAGGUCACACUACAGGAAGCAAAGGACUUUGCCAACACAAAAAGCAUGUUGUACAUGGAAACAUCAGCAAAAACUAAUCACCAAGUGACAGAACUCUUCACAGCCUUAGCUCAUGAACUGUUAAAACAAAAGCAACAGAAAGAGAAGUACUUUCAUGCAACACACAGAAAGAAAUCAAGCAUUGAUCUACAAGAAUCAACGUAUAACAGCAUAAAAUGCUGUCAGAAGUAAAGCCAAGCAUUCUAACACAAGGUGGUAAGCACUGUUGGAGCUGCUGUGAAAAUAUAACAUUUUUAUUUAGAUAAUUAAGGCUUCCACUACAUUAUGUUUGUUAGUCCCAACUGCAGUAAUCCUGUUGAAUCAGAUUGUUGAAUGUCAUGUCGGUAUGUAGGUAAAUGCCAUUAAUUCAGUAGGACUACAAAUAAUUUAUUGAGACUACCAAUGAGCUCCAGGCUCCUAUCAUUUUGCUGUGCUCUUUGUAAUGUUAGAUUGGGCAUAUUUCACAAUGGUAAUGGAUUGAGUAAAUACUUGUGUCAGGUUUUCCAUUAGUCUAACCAUUUGUUUCAAAUCAGAGUUUUAUUAUUUUCCAAAUAGUACUUUAUUUUUAACAAAUACUCGUGAC